AUUAAUCUCCUCUUUAUUCUCAGCUAGCAGCAGCCAUGCGUAUUGGAAGGCAAAGCCGCUGGUGCAACUUCUCUUGCUUCUUCUGGAUCUUGUACUACUCCAUCCUCGCCGUCAUUCUUUUCAUUGUCGCCGUCACCAUCUUCUGGUUGAUCUUUCAACCUCAGGAGCUCAAAUUCACCGUCACCGAUGCCUCGCUGACCCAAUUCAAUCUCACCAACACCAACACCAACAACAACACUCUAUACUACAACCUCGCUCUCAACGUAUCCAUAAGAAACCCUAACAAAAAGGCCGGUGUAUAUUACAAUCGGAUCCAAGCCAUUGGCAACUAUGGGAAAAAGAGGUUUGCAUUGGUCAACACCACUUCCACUCCAUUUUACCAAGGCCACAAGAACACAACCAUGGUGCGUUUUGUGCUUCAAGGGAAGCAAGUGGUGGUGCUUGAGGGAAAGGAGCUUUCUCGGUUUAACUCGGAAACAAGUGCUAGGGUUUACAAUAUUGAUGUGAAGCUGGCUCCACGGAUAAAGGCUAGGUAUGGUAAGAUCAAGACUGCCUACUUCAAGCCCCCAAAGGUGGACUGUCAACUCAAACUUCCUUUGAGUAUUAUUUAUAACAAUGGAACUUCUGUAGGUCCUAAGUUUGUUUCCAAGGAGUGUGGGAGUGUCAAAAUCUUUACAAUCUCCGUGGGGAUUGGGAUUGGUCCUUUUAGUUUUGAAACAGGCUGAGGAGUAUAAGGGAUGCCCUUCAAUGAUAUAUCUUGAACAUUUUUACUGUGAAAUAAUCCUCUCAGUUUGAGUUUAGUAAUGGAAAUUAUGUA